AUGAUCGAGCCCUUCUUGGGAACCUGGAAACUGGAAUCCAGCGAAAACUUUGAGGAAUACUUGGAACAACUGGGGGUGGCCCCCACGCUCCGGCACCUGGCUGUAUUAGAUAAGCCGAUAAUCAGCAUCAGAGGCAGUGAGGCCCAGCUGAGCAUCAAAAUCCAGCGCUCCUUCAAGACCACCGAGAUCUCCUUCGAGCUGGGGAAAGAGUUUGAGUUUGAUGAAACCACAGCAGACAACCGGAAAGUGAAGAGCAUCGUGACAUUGGACGGAGGAUCACUGGUCCAUGUCCAAAAAUGGCUCGGCAAAGAGAUGACAAUCAAAAGACAAGUCGUCCAUGGGAAAAUGAUAGCGAAAUAUUCCAUGAAUAAUGUUGUCAGCACGCAAACCUUCGGAAAGGUAUGA